GCCUCUCCUCUCUGCCAGAGCAGUGAUGAGUAAGCGUGUUAACGGCAUGUCCACUACGCGGAGCUUCAGUAGCCGCUCGCUGGGCUCGUACCCCCGAAUUGGAGAGACCAUACCGCGGAGAGGAAGCUCCUAUUUUGGUUUCGGGGAUGCUCCGGCUCCCGGGGUGCCUGUUAAGGCCGUGACGGUGAACAGGAACCUGCUGACCCCCAUGCAGCUGGACCUGGACCCCAGCCUGCAUGCGGUCAGACUGCAGGAGAAGGAGCAGAUCAAAACACUCAACAACCAGUUCGCCUCCUUCAUCGACAAGGUGCGUCACCUGGAGCAGCAGAAUAAGAUGCUGGAGACAAAGUGGAAGUUGCUGCAGGGUGAGACGCGUUCUGACUCCAGGCUGGAGCCCAUGAUGAAGGUCUACCUCAGCACCCUGCAGGCCCACCUGGACGGCCUGAAGAGAGACAAGGAGCGACUGGACUCUGAGCUCCGCAGUGUCCACCUGCUGGUGGAGGACAACAAACAAAGGUUUGAAGAUGAGAUUAAUAAGAGAAAUGAAGCUGAAAAUGCUUUCGUGCUUGUGAAGAAGGAUGUUGAUGUUGGAUAUCUCGCAAAAACCGGGCUGGAGAACAAAGUGUCUGGGAUUCUGGAGGACCUGAACUUCUUGAAGGCCUUUUAUGAGCAGGAGUUGCGGGAGCUGAAGGAGGACCUGAAAGACACCUCUGUGGUGGUUCAGAUGGAUAACAGCAGGCAGCUGAACAUGCAGCAGAUUGUGGCGGAGGUGAAGAGCCAGUACGAGCAGAUCUCAUCGCGCAGUCGCCAGGAGGCUGAAGACUGGCACAAGAACAAGUAUGAGCUGGUUCUGUCUCAGGCUGAGCAGCACAAAUCAGAGCUUAAGAGCAGUAGGAAUGAAAUCUCGGAGCUCAACAGACAAAUUAGUCGCCUGCAUGUGGAAAUCACCUCGGCUAAAGCGCAGCGUGACAGUGUGGACAGUCAGAUAUUGGAGGCGGAGCAUCGUGGUGAGGAGGCGGUGCGUGAUGCCCAGCAGCGAAUCAAAGAGCUGGAGGAGGCACUGCAGAAAGCCAAGCAGGACAUGGCCAAGCAGCUCCGCGAGUAUCAGGAGCUGAUGAAUGUCAAACUGGCACUGGACAUCGAGAUCGCCACCUACAGGAAACUGCUGGAAGGAGAAGAGAACCGAAUUGGACAAGAACCUGUUCUGCAUGUCCAGACUGUGCCAAGAAACAGCAGUGCUGUGCCUCAGAAACCCAACUCUCAUCCUAAAGUCCUCAUUAAGAUGAUCGAGACUCAGGACAACACCUUCUUCUCUGCUCAGGAUUAAUAUAAUACAUCCAGUAUCUUACCAAUGCACCUUCAUCUACAACAGCGAGACAGGAGCUGCUCCUCUGCCUCACUUGACUCCUUUCGUCUCUUUGAUUUAUGAAUUGUUUUGGAAGUUCAUCUUUGGGAUUUUAUCUCUGAUGUGCAACCCCCAGUAGAGGUGCUUUUUGAUACAUAUUUUCUUUCGAUACUGAGCCAUUCGUGUCCUUAAAUGAAAUCAGGUGGCUGUAUGAGUCAUGUGAGUUUGAGUAUUAGGAGUGUGUGUGACUGACUGUGUGUGGAAGAGUGUGUAUGUGUGAGUCAGUGAGUCUUUAGCAGAUUCAUGUAUCUACACUGUUUAAAAAAAGUGCUACAGUACGUUCUUUGAACAAUGCCAUAGAAUCAGUAAAACGGGACAUUCCAGGCCAAAGCGCUGCGGAGAUUAAUGUUUACCCUCAUCUAACGCUGUGAAUUCAGUUUAUGAAGGCCUUGCUAAUUAGCUGAUGAGUUGAAUUAGGUGUGUUUAAUGAGACAGUGUGCUGAAGUCUGCAGUGCUUUGGCCUGCGAGGACUGGAGCCUGACACGUGUGCCAUAGAAGAAUCACUUUUGGUUCCCUAAAGAAUCAUGUCUGAAAAAGAGAUUUAUGAGUGUGUCACGAGGUCUUCCCUCUGCAGCACAUGGACUCUCCCAUUUUGUAUUGGCCACUCCAGCUCCAGCCUGGCUCCGCCCACUCAUUAUCACACUCACCUGUAGCUUGUUCUGGUCUCAUUAUCUCAUUAUCUCCUCUGUGUAUAUAUAUAUAUAUAUACAUAUAUAUAGAGAGAGAAAGAGAGACAGAUAGAGACAGAGAGAGAGAAAGAGAGAGAGAGAGCGGAGAUAAUGAGAUAAUACAUUACUUUGCUCUUCGCAAAGCCUUGCUAUUUUCUAGUACUACAGGGUUAUUUAAAGAACCAUCCUUUAAAAGGUUCUUUUGGGAACCUAAAGCAGUUCUUCUAUGGCAUUACAACCUUUUUGGGAUCUGUAUUUUUAAGAAUGUAUUUCUAAUGAUGGACAGAUCUUUACACAACAAGAUCUGAACACAUACCAUGUCUUUUCUUUCUUCCAUUUUUCUUUCUCACCCUCUUACUUUCACUCUAUUCACCACAUUCUCUCCAAAUUUCUUUCUUUUUUCUCACAUCCCUCACACUCUUUCACACCAUUAUUUUCACUCCAUUUGUGACUAAUAAAUCCUUUCUUUCUAUCU